AUGGGAUCUCCUGUGGUGGAGAUGUGGGCGCAAUCGCCCACCUUGAUGAACCGAGCAGCAGCUGGCAAAGUUGCACUUGUGGGUGAUCACAAGUGCAUAGAUCGGGCUGAUGUUGUGGCAAAUGGUGAUGUGAUCGCGCCGGUGUUGAAAUUUUUGGGUGAGGUGGAAUACCCUGACGACCCUGAUGAUGAGUCUGAUGCGGAGAAUGAAGGGGAAGAUGGUGAAAGUGAGCCGGACAGUGAAGCAUCCAAGCUGAACUUUACGGCAAGUGAUAUGGAGGUGGAACCCGAGCAUGUGGAUGAGCCAGGUGACGCUGCCUCGACCUUGGGCAAGGCAAGUGACCCAGGUUUUUCUUCGCCGCUGCCUACUGUCAGAAAAGAUAUCGAUGAGCUGGAGAGCACCGAGAAAGUCUACCAACAUCGGAUUGUUCCAGUUCCUUCCGGGUUUGGGUGUCAAGAUUGCCAGAAAGUCGCUGCUGACCUGAUGGGUUUGGUUUCCCAGCCCUGUGCCAAACACCCAGGCACAGUGGCUCCUACCAGCUACAAGCCUGUCCCUACGGAAGUUGACCCAGCCAAAGUUGCCAAAUGCUCAACUGCUGAAGUUGGGCAUGAGGGGUCUAUGGGGGAUACGUCUCCAGAACAGAAACAAUUAGAGGAAGAGCUUGCCAACUUGCAAGCGCAGGAAGCACUCCUAAAUGAAAUGGCCGCAUUGAAACUGUUGGAAGAGGAGCAGUCAGAAUUGGAAAAAUCGUCAAAACUGGAGGACAUGAGGUCCCUUCUUAAUAGCUCUGUUCCUGCUGCAAGUCACAGCACCACCUUGGAUCAAGUUGACACUUUGCCCUAUAUGAUCGAUGAGUUUGGUGUGCCUCACGAGAUCCCUGUGGAUGCUGUUGGCCUCUCUGAGGAGAUUUCUGACUCUGAGUCUGAGGAGUCGGACUUGGACAUUUGCCGUGGAAAGCCGUUUGCAGCCAAGGAGAAGACCGAAGAAAACAAAAAGGAUGCAGAAGAUGAAGCAGUACAGGUGAGACGCAAGCUUUUUUUCCAGAAGCUUGGGUGGGAAGAGAGGCAGGCAGCAAAGGAAUCUGAGGAACGAGAUGCCAUGAAGGCUGCAGACUUGCAAAGUUCGAGAAUGGAGGUCAAGGGUCCAAAGGUGAAAGUUGAGAGGGAGCAGAUUAAGAAGGAGCAGGUGAGUGAUGUCAAGACGGACGAGACUGCAAAAGCACCAGAGAAGGAGAGGGCGGAGGAGACUGCAAAAGAACCAGAGAAGGAGAGCGCAGCAGGUCCAACCUUGUUCGAACAAAAGCUUGAGGAGCUGGUACAGGCAGAGAAGGCCAUGAAGGAAGCAAGGGCAAAAGAAGCAGACAGCGAAAAUGAAGACGAGGAGCUCCCUGCAGCUGAGGUACCAAAGGAAGACCCGUUGGCAAAGAAUUUCAAGAUUGCACACCUUCGACCUGUUUGUGUUCACCAGCCUUUUGACCCAAAGAAAGUGAAGCCUUGGAGUGAAUGGGAAAAGGAGCUGAAGGCACAGGAAGCAGAGGACCGACCAAAGAUUCUUGAGAAGGUUCAAUACCUUUCCCCAGCAGAGCAGGUCAAGCGAACUGGCUACUCGACAAAGGAUGAGCAUGAUGAGGAUGAAGAAGGAUCAGGAUCAGGAUCAGAGCUAGAUGAGAAGCCACGAAAGGGUCGUGGUAGAGGAAAGGGUCGUGGUAGAGGAAAGGGUCGUGGUAGAGGAAAGGGCCGUGGAGGCCGUGGGAAAACGGCGGAGGAAAAAGCAGGAGAGGAGAAUGAGGUGGACAAGAGACGAGGUGAGACCCCAGAAGAAGAUGCCAAGACGUCUAAGAUUGAGAUGGCAAAAGAAGCAAACAACACAGCAGAGUCAGGCGAUGUUGCGGCCGGGACAGUUGAGGGACCAGAAGACAAGAUGCCAGAGGAGAAAGAGGAGAGGAGAUCCAAGAAGGUUGCAACGAAGCGCUUGAAGCGCCAGAGAUCCAAGAAGGUUGAGCAGGAGCCAAGCGAGACAGCAAAGACAGGCAAACGCUGCAAGAAGGCUGGAAAGGAAAAGGGUAGUUCCAAGAAGGUCAAAAGUGUCAAGAAGGUAGAGGGGGAGUACAACUGCAAGAGACGCAAGACACAGGAGAUUCCAGAGCCAGUCGAAAAUUCCAAGGAAGAUGCAGAGGAGGGACACAGCAAGGUUGGCAAGAAGAAGCGCACAAGAGCCACAUCCACUGAGAUUGCCGAGGCCCCUGACAAGAAGCGAGGCAAGACAGCAAAGGGUACCAAAUCCACUGAGGUUGCCGAGACCCCUGACAAGAAGCGAGGCAAGAGAGCAAAGGGUACCAAAUCCACUGAGGUUUCCGAGACCCCUGACAAGAAGCGAGGCAAGACAGCAAAGGGUACCAAAUCCACCGAGGUUGCCGAGACCCCUGACAAGAAGCAAGGCAAGACAAAGGCCAAGUCUUGUAGGGGCAAGAAGUCCCCGCAGAAGAAGAGGAAGGACCCAGAACUUGCAGCCAAAUACAGCAGAAAGAGCAGUGCUUACCAUUGCGCGAAAAGAAAAGCGAAGAAGGAAGGACGUAGCGAGGAAGAGUGCGAAAGACUUGCCAAAGAGGUUUUGUCAUGCCUGGCUCUGAGGGCUGGGCUCUUCGCUUCGGAGGUGCGAUCCCCUCUGCUGCAUAGUGCUGGUAGCUGUUUGCUUAAUGGUCAUGUGGUCUACCAAUGUGCCUCCGAUUCGCUUGUGAUCUACAUCGUGCUGAAUGAAGUGGAAGAGGCAGCUUAUCGAGUGCGCUUCUGGAUGCAGCUUCUUGGGCAUGGAAGCCCUAAACCCACAGUGACAAGCCCGGAAGACGUCCGGGAAGCCUACAACAUAGACGUGGCUGCUUCGAGCGCACCUGCGAUAGCAAAGGCAUCAGGUGCUUAUGUGGCUGGUGUUCCGAUCAGAAACUUGGGCAGCAUGGAGGGCCAAUCCUUUGAUGAGCUCCAUGGUGCUGAUGGUUCCAAAAAAAAUGAUGAUGGCAAUGGUAGUUUGCCCCGUACGAAAACCGAUACAAGUGUCCUGCAGACUCCACCAAUUGACAGCCAGUGGCGCCUUGAAGCUAGCCCACCAGAAGGGGUGAAGAAGCCUUCUCAGCACCUUCCGGAGUUAAGCCCCGCCCCAAGCGCUGCCCCAGAGACGUCAGAGACCCCUUCGGGCUACUCCCCAUCUUCACGAAAAUCCAGUGCACCACGCUCUGAGAAGAAUUUUGACAAGUACUACCAUGCGUGCCAUCGAUACUGCAAACCGCGGAAGGGUGGUGUCUCGAAGGCAUCAAAAGGACAGAAACUCCAAGAUCUUCUGCGUCAACAUGGUAACUUCAAGAUGGUUGAGCUGAAGAUUGCCCGGUGGUCCCAGACCGUUCAUUCCACCAACGUUGGUGGCCGGUGGUGUACGAAAAAAUAUUUAGCCGAGGUGAUGCACUACACCAAAGAUAUGAUCGACAACAGUUUCAACCAUGCAAAAACUCAGGGGCUGUAUAGGAAAAAUGCAGUUCAUGGAGAGGAGGAAGCCCGGUUGGUUUUGGAUGAUACCUUCAACAACAAGAACGAAAAGGGUGAAGCCACCAAUUUGUCUUCCAAUGGAACCUUUGAGGAUUUGGGUUUGGUUUGCUUUGGGUUGGGGCACUUGUCCGAUUUUUGCUGGAUGUGA